UUCCGGUAAGUCCGGUAGUUUCCGACAGCUCACUGACAACAAAAAAUCAUCAAAAAAUGUCAACAAGCUAUUCAAAAAAUAUAAAAAAUACAUAAAAAUUAUGGCUGAAACGAGUAAUCAUGGGAACGAUCACAAAUCUAACAAUAAUUUCAAAGAUGAAUCAGAAAUAAAAUAUAUGGAUGGCCAAAGUUAUCGGACACAUUGCGGUUUGUGUUGUGUAUGCCACACUUUUCCCACUAACUCCCGUACUUACUAUGGCCACGUGUUCUGCAUUGAUUGCUUCCACAAAUACAUCUGGACUCCUUCCAAAAGGGAAUGUUCUGGAGAUGCCUUGAAGAAACGUAGCGGAGAGCCCUCUGUGAUCCAAAACUCCGCUAAGUAAUCAGGAAUUUGAUUUGUGUGUAACUUUGUAAU